AUGAAUGUAAGGAAUGUGGGGAAGCAUUUUGGCGCAGCUCAGAUCCUAUUAGACACAAGAAUAUUUGUCCUAGAGAGAAAUUCUAUGAAUAUACUAAAUGUGGGAAAACCUUCAACCAGAUUCCAGAUAUUACCCAACAUUAUGGAGAAGCCACGCAAGUGUAGCACAUGUGGAAAUGCACUCUGUGGACAUGUAAAACUUAUCCAGCAUCAAAGAAUUCACACUGGAGAGAAACCCUAUUUGUGCAAAGAAUGUGGGAGAGUCUUCAGUUGGUGA